AUGAAUCCCACGGAUUUUGUACGCGUCAAUCCCCAAUUAUUCCAAUCCACAGACGACCCGGCCAGGGUGUCGGUAGCCGAGGUUCAAACCUGGAGGGACGAUUUGUUAAGACAUGCGCCCAUUCCACAGCCGCCCCCCGGCGACCCGAGCCUAGUCCAAAUAGCUACGGAAGAAUUCGUGCUAAUCCACGUCCACAAGGCGGUGCUCCCGGGUCUUCGGCGGCUGAACGGCAAGUUCCAUGACCCGGGGGGGGGGUGGGUGCGCAACGAGGCGCCCGUCGGCGGAACGUGGAAAGUAUGGGCGUUGACGUUGUUCGCCCUGUACGACGGCUCGGGGGCGGAUAUCUGGGCUACGUCGGGUAAUCUCAGAUGCUUCACCGGUCCCGACUAUAUCCAAGCGCACCUCGAGGCGUACGCGCAGCGCUGCAUCAACGAGUGCCACGAUGCGGACGAGUACCUCGGGGACUCGGCGCAGAACCACGUCGUCGGGCCCGUCAUCGCCAACGGGCCCGUCAUCGCCAACCGGCCCGUCAUCGCCAACCGGCCCGUCAUCGCCAACGGGCCCGUCAUCGCCAACGGGCCCGUCAUCGCCAACCGGCCCGUCAUCGCCAACCGGCCCGUCAUCGCCAACCGGCCGACCUAUUAUGCUACGCUCGUGUUCUCGCGCACCCUCCGGGAGAUUGAGUCCACGUUCAUCCUCUGGCGGACCCUAGGCACCUCGCACAGGCCGUUCUCCGGCGAGGCGUUCGCGAUCUGGGCAUACCUCGCGGUUGGCUUGGACACCAUCGUCCCCAGCUUAAACGAACUAAACCAGGGCUUCAGCCGUGCGAUCCUCAGGGCUUGCGGCACUUAUGGCCCACAGAUGGACCUGCGCGAAAACCUGUUUAGAGAACUUUGACAUCAGAGGACGACUGUGAAUACGAGGAGGAGUAAGGGAGAGGAGUAAUAGGGGGAAGGCGUGAAUUCAGGAACGAGAUAUUGGCGGGGGACGAAUGGGUACGUACGGGAUGACAUGCUUUUUUUUUUUUUGGGAGGGGGCAUAUUCUCGGACGCCCUUUCAAUCUCUUACACCUCGAAGCGGAAAAAAACCAAAAACAUCGUCUUUCAAGAGUCCAGUUUGAAUCCCAUUCCAUCCCUCAGGCCCCUCUCCUAAGUGAGUGAGGGCCCUGAAAAUGCUGGGCCCUGAGGCCAUUACGGAUGCGAAUUCGGAGCGGGCAAGAUGGUUAUUAUGCCGAGGUACUUGUGUUAUCAGCGAUACCUCCCCAAAAGUACUUAGCCAGGUAUGAAGUUGUUUCAUCAGCGAUGGAAAGUCGCCAGAAACCGGGCUUCACGCGGGCAUUAUUUGCUCCCCUCGUACGUGUCGUGCUUUCGCUCUUGUUUCCUCUCACCUCCGAUCGAGCUCCUCCGUAUGCGUGUGGAAAACGCGGUAUUAGCGCGGGCGUGUAGAGAUGUGUGGCCUUCGCUUGGUAGGUAGGUGUAGGUAUAGGUAGGCAACCUGGG